AUGUCUUCAUCCAGCACCGCCAAAACUCCUACUACUUUCCCCAACUCCUCCAAGGGGAAGGCACCCGUCAAGAACCUUGCUCAGGAACUUGGAGAAGAAGAAAUGAAGGACGUGGAAGAAGAAUCUGAAGAAGAAGAAGAUGACGGCAAUGAAGAACUUCAGCGUCAGGUUCGCAAGAACAACCGUGACGUUGGAAGACUUCAGGAAAUGUUCAAUUCGAACGCCGUAGUCCUCGAGCAACUCCAAGCUACUAUCCGGAACCUCGAAGGACGCAACCAGGAACUCCUGAACCAGAACCGUACCCUACAAGGUGCUGCUAAUAUCAUCCAAACCCCUGUAGACGGACGAGAGAAGCUCCGUUUCAGCACCCUAAGCAACGGCCCCAUAGACCUAAGCGUCGCCAAUAAGGACAACCGAUGGAACCAGAAACCUCAACAAAAGAAGGAAUUCAAGUGCUACAACUGCGACAAACCCGGACAUAUGGCCAGAGACUGCAGACAACCCAAACGGAUCCAAGGACCACCGCGACAAGCCAGCGUAGCACAAAAACAACGAGAUCACAGCAGUGAAAAAUGGACCAACUGCUUCAACGAUCUCUAUAACGACCACAGGGAAGCUAAAGAAAACAGUAGAUGGUACCCUAAGGACCCUUCUGGACGAUCUGGAUGCGACACCACCGGGAUGAACGACAAAAUUCUCGCGGUAGCAGACCGACAAGACAUCAGCUUCUUCAACAAUAAUAACCGACCCCUGGACCGGUAUGAACAAGAAGAAGUUGCCAACAAACUCAACAAAGCCUUUGCAGACGGAACAAUCACAAUGAGCGACGGAUCGCCCGACUGCAGCAAGGACGAGACGCUUGCCAACAACGAGCCCAACAAGACCCAAGUAACCCUACUUGGCAACAACAGACUGGAGCGCUGGACGCCCAGAUUGAACGACGAAUUAGUGCUCGAGAUGACCCCGAACGAAUCCAUAGGAUCAACCAGGAGCUCGAGGAAAUAA